UAUGCAUAAAAUUCGCAUGGAUUAUAUAAGUUUUUGUCUUGCACAUGCAUAAUUUAUGCAAAAAUUAUGCAUAUUUUUCAAGAAUAUUACGUAAAAUAUGCAAAAAUACUACAUAAAUUAUGCAUAAAUUAUGCAUGUGCAAGACAGAAACUUACGUAAUCUAUGCAUAAUUUAUGCACAAUUUAUGCAUAAUUUAUGUAAUAUUCUUGAAAAAUAUGCAAAAUUUAUGCAUAAAUUAUGCAUAAAUUAUGCAUGUGCAAGACAAAUGAUCCAUAAUCUCAUAGAUUAUAAAAACAAAGCACCAUUCGUGGGUUUUUUCAAUUUCACAACACCUUACCUAUUGGUCAUUGAUCCAGAACUGACAAAGCAAAUAAUGAUUAAGGACUUUAAGCAUUUUCGUAACAACGAGUUCAGCACUUUAUCGAAUAAGAAAAAAGAUCCCGUCAUGGCCUUAAACCCGUUUGUCAUGAGAGAUGAUGAAUGGAAGGAAAAACGAACGGAAGUCGCAGUUGGUAUGACGCAGAAUAAACUGAAAUCAAUUUUUCCACUGAUUGAAGAUGUAGCAAGAAAGUUUGCAAUUUAUAUUGGACAAGAAAUUGAGAAAAAUUCAAGAAAAACUUUUAAUGCUCGUGAUAUUUGUGUUCGUUAUACAUGCGACACUGUUGCAACUUGUAUAUUUGCUAUUGAUGGAGGUUCAUUCACAAAAGAUGAUUCUGCAAUCAUUUUAAUGGGAGACAAAAUGAUACGAAGCAUUUCUGAUGCAGCAAAAAGUUUCCUUCCAAAGCGCUUAAUGCCUCAAGAUGUUGAAGACUUUUUUGUAUAUUUAAUGGAAGAAGCGAUAAAAUAUCGAACAGAAAAUGGAAUCGAACGAGACGAUUUUCUAUCUCACAUCAUUUCUUUGAAAAAGAAAAAAAAUAUUUCAGAUAUUGAGAUGGCAUCGCAUGGUGUAACAUUUUUCUUAGACGGUUACGACACCUCGUCAGUCGCAUUGGCACCACUUUUCCUUGAAUUGGCAAGGAAUCAAAAAGCACAAGAUAAACUUCGUGCUGAAUUGAGAGAAGCUGUUGGUGACUCAAGUCAAAUUACAUACGAGGAACUCAUGGAUCUUCCAUAUUUGGAUCAAGUAGUUUACGAAUCGUUGAGAUUGACCCCACCACUGACAUUUAGUAAUCGUGAGUGUUCAGAAUCGAUUGAGAUUGAGGGUGUUAAGGGUCACAAAGCUUUGAUUGAAAAAGGGUUGAGAAUUUUCAUUCCGAUUUUGUCGUUUCAUCAUUAUUUUCAUGACCCUGAUGACUUUAUUCCUGAAAGGUUUGACCAUGGUGCGGUUAAAAUGUCUAAAGACAAAGGUGUUUUGCUUCCUUUUGGUCUUGGAAUGAGAUUUGCACUACUCCAAUUGAAAGCAGCAACAUUCGAAAUCAUAAGGAAUUUUAGGGUAACAUUAGACCCAAAAAUGUCAACGGAGAAAGUUCUUGAAAUCGAUCCCGAUGAACUUUUGAUGAAUGUAAAGAAGGAUGGCAUUUGGCUUAAUUUUGAAGUUGCUUAGAAUUAUUAAAUAAUUUUCAUAUCUCUUAAAAUUAUCUAGACAAAUAUUUAAAUAUUUUUUAUUAUUUGAAAUUUACACAA